CAGAUGAUAUGAUAAUCUUGUUUUUUUUAUUGCAGACUAAUUUAAACAUUUCUUCUAUGUAGCAUUUAGUGAGAUGCCAGUUUCAAUGCUCAAAAUUAGCCCAAGAAGAGAUAUAAAUACUAACACAUAUUUAAAGUGAAUAUGUGAAGGCAUGGGGCAAACAUCCUCCAAAUUGUUUUUCUAGAAUUUUAUUUCAGACUAAUUUAAAAUAUCUCUUUGUUGUGUAGCAUAUAGUGUGAUGUUAGUUUCAAUGCUCACAAAAUGAGUCUGAGAUAUAAAUACUAACACAAUUUGAAAUGCAAUAUGUGAAAGAAUGGGGCAAACACCCUCCAAAUAUAUUUUCAAUACUUUUAUUGCAGACUAAUUUAAAACAUCUCUUUUGUGUAGCAUUUAGUGUGAUACCAGUUUCGAUGCUCACAAAAUUAGUGAGAUAUAAAUAUUAAUACAAUUUCCAAGGCAAUAUGUGAAGGCAUGGGGCAAACAUCCUCCAAAUUAUUUUUAUAUACUUUUUAUUGCAGACUAAUUUAAACAUCUUUUUUGUGUAGCAUGUAGGACUGGGUGAUGCCAGUUUCAAUGCUCACAAAAUGAGUCUGAGAUAUAAAUACUGAUACAAUUUCAAAGGCAAUAUGUGAAGGCAUGGGGCAAACAUCCUCCAAAUUGUUUUUCUAUACUUGUAUUGCAGACUAAUUUGAAAUAUCUCUUUGUUGUGUAGCAUGUACAGUGAUGCUAGUUUCAAUGCUCAAAAAAGGAGUCCAAGAAGAGAUAUAAAUACUAACACAAUUUCAAAGUGAAUAUGUGAAGGCAUGGGGCAAACAUCCUCCUAACUGUUUUUCUAUACUUUUAUUGCAGACUGAUUUAGAAUAUAUCUUUGUUGUGUAGCAUAUAGUGUGAUGUUAGUUUCAAUGCUCACAAAAUGAGUCUGAGAUAUAAAUACUAAUACAAUUUGAAAAGCAAUAUGUGAAGGCAUGGGGCAAACAUCCUCCAAAUAUAUUUUCUAUACUUUUAUUGCAGACUGAUUUAAACAUGUCUGUUUUUGUGUAGCAUGUAGUGUGAUGCCAAUUUCAAUGUUCAUAAAAUGAGUGAGAUAUAAAUACUAAUACAAUUUCAAAGUGGGGCAAACAUCCUCCAAAUUGUUUUUCUAUACUUUUAUUGCAGACUGAUUUAAAUAUCUCUAUUUUGUGUAGCAUAUAGUGUGAUGCCAGUUUCAAUGCUCACAAAAUGAGUGAGAUAUAAAUACCAAUACAAUUUCAAAGUGAAUACGUGAAGGCAUGGGGCAAACAUCCUCCAAAUUGUUUUUCUAUACUUUUAUUGCAGACUAAUUCAAAAUAUCUCUUUGUUGUGUAGCAUGUAAAGUGAUGCUAGUUUCAAUGCUCAAAAAAGGAGUCCAAAAAGAUAUAAAUACUAACACAAUUUCAAAGUGAAUAUGUGAAGGCACGGGGCAAACAUCCUCCAAAUUGUUUUUCUAUACUUUUAUUGCAGACUAAUUUAAAAUAUCUCUUUGUUGUGUAGCAUGUAAAGUGAUGCUAGUUUCAAUGCUCAAAAAAGGAGUCCAAAAAGAGAUAUAAAUACUAACACAAUUUCAAAGUGAAUAUGUGAAGGCAUGGGGCAAACAUCCUCAAAAAUGUUUUUCUAUACUUUUAUUGCAGACUGAUUCAAACAUGUCUUUUUUGUGUGUAGCAUUUAGUGUUAUGCCAGUUUCAAUGCUCACAAAAUGAGUGAGAUAUAAAUACUAAUACAAUUUCAAGGGCAAUAUGUGAAGGCAUGGGGCAAACAUCCUCCAAAUAUAUUUUCUAUACUUUUAUUGCAGACUAAUUUAAAACAUCUCUUUUGUGUAGCAUUUAGUGUGAUGUUAGUUUCAAUGCUCACAAAAUGAGUCUGAGAUAUAAAUACUGAUACAGUUUCAAAGACAAUAUGUGAAGACAUGGGGCAAACAUCCUCGUAAUUCUUUUUCUAUUGUUGUAUUGCAGACUAAUUUAAACAUCUUUUUUGUGUAGCAUGUAGGACUGGGUGAUGCCAGUUUCAAUGCUCACAAAAUGAGUCUGAGAUAUAAAUACUGAUACAGUUUCAAAGGCAAUAUGUGAAGGCACGGGGCAAACAUCCUCCAAAUUGUUUUUCUAUACUUUUAAUGCAGACUAAUUUAAAAUAUCUCUUUGUUGUGUAGCAUGUAUAGUGAUGCUAGUUUCAAUGCUCAAAAAAGGAGUCCAAGAAGAGAUAUAAAUACUAACACAAUUUCAAUGUGAAUAUGUGAAGGCAUGGGGCAAACACCCUCCAAAUAUAUUUUCUAUACUUUUAUUGCAGACUAAUUUAAAACAUCUCUUUUUUGUAGCAUAUAGUGUGAUGUUAGUUUCAAUGCUCACAAAAUGAGUCUGAGAUAUAAAUACUGAUACAGUUUCAAAGGCAAUAUGUGAAGGCAUGGGGCAAACAUCCUCCAAAUUGUUUUUCUAUACUUGUCAGGAUUUUUAAGGUGGAGUUUUUUUAAAGAGAUUAUUUUCAUUGAUAAGAUGUUGUUGUGAACAUAAAUUCAAAGCUUAAAGUAUGGCGUUUAUGUAUCCUCUCAGGAACCACGUACAAAUAAAUCAAAGAAACUGGGGAUUAUAAUGCAAAAAUGUAUUUGUAAGUAAUAUACAGAAAGGUUUAAGAGUGUGGUUAGUAUAUGCAUUCCGAUGGUUUCAAUCAAAGCAAAGCAUGGCAAUACAACUUUAAACCGCACACCCUUCAAGGGAUUUGAUAUGCGGGUUUAACAACUAUUUAAAACCAAAAACAUUAUUUAUUCAGAUGUGUUUUACAAGCGUGUAGGACAACGUGAUCAAACAAAAACAAGGCGGUGGUCUGCCUUAACUCCUUCAGUCCACCUUAAGAAAGGGGCGGGCACACAAUGCUUCAACCAAUAAGCGUCCGUCCUUCUAUUUGAACAGCGCCCGUGUGUCAAUCAUUGCCAUGACCCCGCCCUCCCUUCUAGCGCUCUCUGUCAAGCUUUCAAACGCAAAGUGUUUUUACUCAGUCGCCAUAUUGGCUGCGGGGAAGGACCGAGAGUGACGAUAAGCGGCUGCGAGUUACGCUCAGGCGACCCCUGCAGUUGUUGACGUUCGCAUGGCUUAAAAGUGUUUCUCCACCCCAGACGACGAUUUUUUUGGGGGGGGAUAUUACCCAGCAAGGAUAGUUCGGUUUGUUUUUUUGUAUUUUUUUUUCGCCAAAAAACUGGACGCUCCCGGCUUUUUUGUGUGGUUUUCCCGUGUCUUGUCGGUGGUGGAGGCGGGGAAACAUGUCGGAUGUUCGACUAUCCAGCGGCAGCCCGACCUUGGAGCGGGGCGAGCCGCGCGUACCGGAUCACCCCAAGCCGUCCGCCUGCCGGAACCUCUUCGGCUCGGUGGACCACGACGAGCUGCAGCGGGAUUAUAAUGCACACCUGCGGGAGAUGGAGCAGGCCGCCGCCGCCAAGUGGGGCUUCGACUUCGCCGCGCACAGCUCGCUGGACACCGGCGAGAUCCACUGGGAGCGGCUGGACUGCCGCGACCUGCCCGACUUCUACUCUCGGCCGCCGCGGACGAGGCGGAGUCACCGCCUGGAUCUAACCGGGAAUCAUAGCUGUGUCGCGGCGGGGACCACCACCUGUGGGCCGGUGGAGCAGCGCAGGAAGAGACCCGCCUGUAACGAGCUCUCCAACACAAGCAAAAAGUCUCACAACAGCCCGGGGGCCGAAGUGGUGUGUCCGAGCCGGGGUCGCUCGGCUGAACACACGCCCAGGAAGAGCAGCGGCAGCCCAGGAAGGCAAACGUGAGACGAGCUGAAGAAGCGUGUCCGACAUUGGAAAGUCUUCAGUCGGUGUCGGGCAGACUCAUUUUAUUUGGGUGAUAUUUUAUUUUUUAAGCAUUUUUAAUUUUUAUUUGAUCUCAUUUUGGAAGAAAUUAAGUACACAUCUAAUGAGAAACAUAUCAGCUCUCCGUGAGGACGCUGUUGAAGCACUGAAUAACAAAAAAAAAAAAAAAAACCUUUAAAAAAACAAAAACAUUUUUCGGCACUCAAAAUGUUUCUUUUCCAGUUACUGCCUGUGAAAGCAGUGAUGUAGCAGCGUGCAAUUAGCUUCUUUUCUUUGUGUGUGUUUGUAUACUUACAUUUAUAUUUCUCUAUAUGUAGCACAUAAGAAAACAUUAUGAUUUGCUAAACAAAUCCUUUAUACUUAUAUAUUAUAUUAUUUUCAGAGAAAAAUGAAGGUGUGAAUUUUGAUUUGACUUGAAGGAUUGCAGCAUAGUUUGGUUUCUGUGCUGUUCUUCUUCUCUUUACUGAGAAGUCAGUCUUGGCACAAUUUAAAACAGGCGUGUCCAAAGUGUGGCCCCCGGGGGCCGUUUGUGGCCUACAGCUAUUUUUUCAUUUUAUUGGCCCUCCACAUAUUUGAAAAUGCAGUUACAAAAAAAUGAGCCAAAAAGCCAAUUUGUUCAAAUUUUUUGCAUUUUUUUUGUUUUUUAAAGCUAGAGUUAGGUUGAUGCUUUAGUUUGGGUUACACUUAGGGAUUUAUGGUCUUUUUCUACAAUGAUAAAAUAAAGAUACAAUAUAAAUGUAUAUAAUUUUAGGGGAGAAACUGCAAAUAACACAAAAGUGACAUCAAAGCUGUUUAUUUGUAUGUCUAGCUCAGGGGUCACCAACCUUUUUGAAAGCAAGAGCUACUUCUUGGGUACUGAUUAAUGCAAAGGGCUACCAGUUUGAUACACACUUAAAUAAAUUGCCAGAAAUAGCCAAUUUGCUCAAUUUACCUUUUUAAUAAAUAAAUAUAUAUAUAUAUAUAUAUAUUAAAAAAAUUAUAUUUCUGUCUGUCAUUCCGUCGUACAUUUUAUUUCUUUUUACAGAAGGUUUUUUUGUAGAGAAUAAAUGAUGGAAAAAAACACUUAAUUGAACGGUUUAAAAGAGGAGAAAACACGAAAAAAAUUAACAUAAAAUUUUGAAACAUAGUUUUAUCUUCAAUUUCCACACUUUAAAAUUCUAAAUUCAACUGAAAAAAAUGAAUAGAAAAACUAGCUAAUUCGAAUCUUUAUGAAAAAACUUAAAAUAUUAUUUAUGGAACAUCAUUAGUAAUUUUUCCUGAUUAAGAUUAAUUUUAGAAUUUUGAUGACAUGUUUUAAAAAGGUUAAAAUCCAAACUGCAUUUUGUUAGAAUAUAUAACAAAUAGGACUAAGCUAUAUUUCUAACAAAGACAAAUCAUUAUUACUUCUAGAUUUUCCAGAACAAAAAUUUUGAAAGAAAUUCAAAAGAAUUUGAAAUAAAAUUUAAAUUUGGUUCUGGAGAUUUUCUAGAUUUGCCAGAAUAAUUUUUUGGAAUUUUAAUCAUAAGUUUGAAGAAAUAUUUCACAAAUGUUCUUCGUCGAAAAAACAGAAGCUAAAAUGAAGAAUUAAAUUAAAAUGUAUUUAUUAUUCUAUACAAAUUGACUUAAAUUGUCAGGAAAGAAGAGGAAGCAAUUUAAAAGGUAAAAAGGUAUAUGUGUUUAAAAAUCCUAAAAUCAUUGUUAAGGUUGUAUUUUUUCUCUAAAAUUGUCUUUCUGAAAGUUAUAAGAAGCAAAGUAAAAAAAUGUAUUUAAACAAGUGAAGACCAAGUUUUAAAAUAUUUUCUUGGAUUUUCAAAUUCUCUUAGAAUUAAAAAUGUCGAGCAAAGCGAGACCAGCUUGCUAGUAAAUAAAUUUAAAAAAUAGAGGCAGCUCACUGGUAAGUGCUGCUAUUUGAGCUAUUUUUAGAACAGGCCAGCGGGCGACUCAUCUGGUCCUUACGGGCGACCUGGUGCCCGCGGGCACCUCGUUGGUGACCCCUGCUCUAGCUUAUUAGAUGACUUUAAGCCUUUUUUAAAUUACAAACGGCCCCUGCCUCACUUAGUGGAAAAAAAGCACCCCUGAUUUCAAAAGUGUUCAAGUUAAACCUUCUAUAUCGCUCUUCAGUUUGUGGACAGUCCAUCUUCACACACCUUCAUGUUUCCUAACUUAGCAGUGAAGAACGGUACAAAAUGUAGCGACUAUUUUAUGUUCCCUUAGGACAAAAAAAACCCAAUUAUUUUAUUCUAUUUAAAAUCACCCUGUGGUUUGAGACGCUUGGAUUAACUUUGCUCUUAUUUUUGUGUCCCUUGCACACAUCAGCCUUUAUUUUAACGGUGCGAGGUACCCUUUUUUUUUUUUUUUUUUGAGAUGUUAAAAGACAAAAAUGAUUGGGUCUCAAUGCGGUUGUUUCACUUUUUAAAAGUCCUCAGUAACAGAAUGUUUCUUACAAGACCAAACUGAUGGCUGCCAAGUGCUUUUUUUUUGUUUGACUUCACAUAGUUUGACUUUGUGAUAACCUUGAUAUAUUCUAAUCAUGUUUAGCCUGCUGAGGAUUCUCAAGUUGGCCUUUGAAAAAAUAAUAAUAAAAAUUAAGAAAAAUUCCUUUUUUGCCCUCAGUAACAGCAGCUUGUCUCAGAAAUGCAGUCACCCGUGUACAUAUUUGCAUUGUACAUAAUUUUGUAAAAAAAAACACUGAGAAAUUAUACUAACUUAUUUAUGUCAAACAUUUUUUUUAAUGUAGAUUUUUUUUUUUUAUUCACGGUUAUCCAAAGUGGCAUUUACCUUAUUUGUAAUAUUUUUUUUAAAGCAUAGUUGUAGUGUUUUUUUUUUUUCCAACAAGGUUGCAAACUGAGCCCAAUUUAAUAUUUGAUGUGCAUUUUUUUGUAAUGUGUGGUCAUAAAUGUGUUGCAAUCAAUAAAAAAAAAAAGUUCAAUUACA